AUGCCUAUAGAUAGACUUCGUGCAAUGCCAGUGGACAAGAUCCUCAGUUUCCGGAGGAAUCCCGAUCCGCAGCAGCUGGAAAGACAGCAGACUGAUGGAAUGGAGGAAAUCCCUAGAUUUCUACCAUCACAGCUCUUAAAGGAUGAGGAAAUUGGUAAGGAUGGUAAUCGCAGGAUGCCGGAUAGCGACUCGAUAAACUCUGAGGAUGCCAUUAGGCUACCUCCUCCCCGGAGAUCUCCAGUCUCGAUGAGGAAUCUCCAGCGGGAGCUGUACUCACCCAAUCAAUGUAUGAAUGUCCUGAAAGCCAUGGUGGCUGUGGUCACCGUUUGCAUGCUCUUCGCCACAAUUCCCCUAUAUCGUCGUCAGAAUAGAGACAAAGACCACGACCUCAAGAUGAUCUUGCUGUGGAAUGAGCCUCUGGUCGGUGGACCUGCCCACAUGGAGUGCGGUUGCCUGGUCACCAACCAAAGGAACUACAACGACAAAGCUUUCGAUGCGGUGGUCAUUAAUGCAGAUCAUCCUUAUACCCUGGAGGGUUUGAAUGGCACCCAACAUAAUCCCGAUUACUGUGUGGUUUAUGCAGCCAAGAAGCCCAUGUCGCAGGAUCUGCUGCCUGACUUUAUGUUGUUCAAUUUGACCAUGACCUAUCGUCUGGAUUCUCAGCUCAUCUGGACGGAUUACUAUUUCUCCUAUACGAAUCUGGCCAGGAGGCUCAACUGGUUCCGUUCUCCCAGCCUCAACUUUGCCGAUGAUAUGCCAGGUUCUAUGAUCCAACGUCUGGAGGGGGAAAUAAAUAAGAAGUCUGUACUGGCUAUGUAUUUAAUGUAUGAAGUGGAUGAGAAUAGUCUGCCAGAGAGCCUGUAUUUGGAGGAGCUGCGCAAGUAUGCUGAUCUCGAUGCCCAUGAUAGUUGCCUGGGUUCCGAUGACUGCAGUCACUAUUAUUUCAUGCUGAUCUUUGAACCCACCGCAUGUCCGGAUUAUGUGCCCCCGCAGAUGUUUACAGCCAUGAAUAAAUAUCUAGUACCCGUUCUGAUUGGAGGAGGAAACCUAACCAAUCUGGUGCCUCAGCAUUCUUAUAUUAGCAGCCUGGACUUUGCCACCCCAAAGGAUCUUAUGGGUCAUCUAAAGGAUCUAACAAAUAACCCGGAGGAAUACAAGCGCUACUUCUGGUGGCACUCCCUCUACAAGCUGCGCAAAACCUCGCAACCCUACUGCGCCCUAUGCUAUCUCAUCCAACAGCCUCUCGAGAAGCGCAAGAUUCCUGCGGGAUCUUCCAGCCUGGACUUCAUCGGCUGGUGGACCAAAUACCACUGCCCCAAUCGAUCCACCACCUUCCUCUGAGUGGCAGUAUUCCCCCUACGAUCCCCAAUCCCAAUUAUAAUUACCAACGAUCGCAAAUUGCCCUUGUUCGGUGUGGUUCCGUUUA